GUUUACGAAUUUUAGUUGGACGUCCACGAAGUGAAUCAAUGGGUAGUAAUGAGAAGAAAAAAGUUCCAUGGCCACCUGUAAAUAAACCAUUACGACGUGUUCAGAUUGAAUGUUGUCCGGUGGAAUCAGUUUAUGAUUUACGAGAUGAUAGCGAUUUAUGCGAUCUUUACGAUGAUGCAAGAGCAUUUCGUCGGCCACGCUCAAAUAGCUCUGAUUUUUUGAUUUUACGGAAGACAUCACGUCCGGUAUCAGUAGACGUUGUUGGCCUUUUAGAUAAUAAUUUAGACCCAUACAAGCAAUAUAUGAAAGUGGUAGAUUGUUAUGAAUUAGCGCCACAUGCUGGUCGAGUUAUUCUUGUGGAUAGCAAAGUGAAGUUACAAAAAGCUUUCAAAAUAUUGAUCGAAUGGGGUGUUGGUUCGGUUGUUGUGUGGUGUAGUAGACGGGAAGGUGUUAUCGCAGUACUUACACUUACCGAUUUUCUCAUUUCACUUUUAUCUCAAACAAGCAAAGAAUCAACAACCGUUGAAGAAGCCGUUCCCGUUAAUCAAUUGGUUUGGCUUAAUGGAUCAUGCAAAUUGCUAAAAGCAUGCCAUGAAUUUUGCUCUAAUCGUAUUCAUCGAAUAGUAAUCUAUCCGGAUCAAGCUGGCGAUGUUCUCUAUUUACUAACUAUUAAACGAAUUUUGCAAGCGGUUCAUAAACAGAAUCGUUCAUUGCAUUUUGCAUCCUGGCUUGAUUGGGAUAUCAAGAAAUCAAAAAUAGGAACAUGGAAAAAUUUGCAAACGGUUUCUGAGAAGGAUAAUUUGGAAAUGGUAGCGCGAAAAAUGCUCGAUUAUCGUAUCUCUAGCUUACCGAUAAUUGAUGAUGAGAAUCGUCCGGUAGAUGUAAUAUGCAAAACAGAUAUUGCUUACGCUCUUGCGGAUGCUAAAAGUUUCAAAGAGCAAUCUCAGAAAUUAACAACAAUAGAAGCAAUUAGAAAUCGGCAACCAAUGUUAUUCUUAUCAGAAACUGAUACUGUUAAUCAAAUUCUUGAUUUUGCACUUAGUCGGAAAGAUUGUCGAUGUGUAUUUGUCAUUAAUCCAAAAAAUGGACAAUUAACUGGUGCAAUAUCCCUUUCCGAUUUUAUCUCACAUAUUUUAUACACUGAUUUAUCAUCUCAAGCUCUCACUGCUAACACUGAACAUCCCUAA